ACUACACAGUCAUUCUUCCAUUUUCAUUUCUUUCAAUUCCCAUUCCUCUUUGAAUUCCUAUUCAUUCAUUCAUUCCUCUCCCCAGGAAUGGUAGCAUAGUGUAGAUCCAAAAAUGGAGGGCUGGUUCUCACGCUCUCGCAGCGAAGAUCACCAGAACCCACCCUCCUCUUCCUCUUUGCUCGAAGAAUGGAACUCCUAUACUUCUUCUCAGGACACCUCCAAUUCUGGAAUUGCCUUCGAUUUGGAAUCCGCUGUUAGAUCUGCUAACGACACCGUCACCGGCACUUUCAACGUGGUUUCUAAAGGUGUGAGAGAUAUACCUGCCAAUUUGCAGUCUGCCACUAGCAAUGUUCCUUCUGGGAAAGCACUUGUGUAUUUUGCUUUGCUUUUGGCAAGUGGAGUCUUCUUCAUUUUCAUUGCGUUUACCUUGUUCCUUCCCGUGAUGGUGAUUAUGCCCCAAAAGUUUGCUAUAAGUUUUACUCUUGGGUGUGGAUUUAUUAUUGGAUCAUUCUUUGCUAUCAAAGGUCCAAAGAAUCAGCUUGCUCACAUGUUCUCAAGGGAGAGGCUCCCUUUCACACUGGGUUUUAUAUGCAGUAUGGUCGGCACCAUAUAUGUAUCAAUGGUGCGUCACAGCUACGUUCUAUCUGUUGUAUUCUCUGUCGUACAGGUUCUCUCGCUUGGAUACUAUUCUAUAUCCUAUUUUCCUGGCGGAUCAGCCGGAAUGAAAUUUUUGACUUCUGCCCUUGCGUCCAAAUUAAUGAAUUGCUUCGGGAGGUGAUUCAUUUUUGGUUAAUGGGAGGUGAGGUUGGAUCCAAACUUUGAGCACAUGUCGGCUGAAGCUUUUAACUGACCCAGGCGUAUUGCUGAGUUGAACUUAAAGCAUCAUACCUAACAUUUCAAUUUUUGUUGCCACCGCUGCUCGAGAUAAUUUAUUUUCAUCUUUGCCACAAGUUUAUAAUUCGUGUGCAUGGAUAUUGGCUCGGACUAUAUUGGUAACUGGUUCGGGAAAACAAAGAUGCGUUUAUGGGAAAA